AUGACCGAGCACAAAGCUGUGAUCAAGAAUGCUGACAUGUCUGAAGAUAUGCAACAGGACGCGGUGGAAUGUAGUACCCAGGCAUUGGAGAAGUAUAACAUCGAAAAAGAUAUUGCCGCAUAUAUCAAGAAAGAAUUUGAUAAGAAGUACAACCCAACUUGGCACUGCGUAGUCGGACGUAAUUUCGGCAGUUACGUAACACACGAAACGAAACACUUCAUCUACUUCUAUAUCGGUCAAGUUGCUNAUAAAGUAGCUUUUUGUUGCAAAAUGUGCUUUCUGGUCGAUUUUUCCUCUUUAUCCUGUUCACCACCUUCGCCUCGGAACGCUCACGAUCACGUGAUGAACAGACCGUGUCGACCUAUUAUGCCUCAAAGUCCAAGUGACACUGGAGAAGGUGACUGUGCACAAACAUCGACCCACUCGGUGGGACCGCCAUCGUCAAAUCCAAUGCAAAUCGAGAACCCGGACUGA